AUGGCGUCAAGUGGAGGAGCUGGGGAGCACGAAUGGACAACGGCCGUGAGACCGCUUUUAUCAGCUUCAUAUACAGCUUUCGAAACAAAAGAGCUACCUCAGCUUAUUGGGUCUAUAGUCAACAGUGAAUCAGAGAUUCUUCACCACGACAAACAAUAUGAGCCUUUCUACUCAUCGUUUGUGGCUCUUUCUGCACAUUACAUCACCACAGUAUGUGGACAAAUUCCAAGAAAUCAGUUGCUCUCAGUGGCUGCUGCCUGUAAAGUAUUGAUUGAGUUUUCAUUGCUGCGCCUGGAGAACCCGGAUGAAGCAUGUGCUGUGUCACAGAAACACCUGAUCCUUUUGAUAAAAGGACUUUGCACUGGCUGCAGCAGACUGGACCGCACAGAGAUCAUUACUUUCACUGCUAUGAUGAAGUCCGCCAAGUUGCCUCAAACUGUCAAGACACUUUCAGAUGUGGAGGAUCAGAAAGAGUUGCCCAGUGCUGUGAACCCUGAGCUCCGUCAGAAGGAAGUCCAAAUGAACUUCUUCAAUCAGUUGACUUCAGUUUUUAAUCCCGACCUAACCACCAUCUUGGCCUCUCCGUCAGCGGCACACAUGCAGACUGAGAGUGAUUGCGAUGACAAAACGACAACAGAUCAGGCCAUUCAGGCCAAAAUGAAAAAUGCCUUUGUCUCUCAGAAUGUGUCGAGCUUACAGGAACUAGGUGGGUCUGAGAAAUUACUACGAGUGUGCCUCAACCUGCCCUACUUUCUACGCUACAUUAACCGUUUUCAGGAUGCUGUAUCAGCCAACUCCUUCUUUAUCAUGCCUGCAACUGUGGCCGAUGCCACUGCUGUCCGAAAUGGGUUCCAUUCUUUGGUGAUAGAUGUAACUAUGGCUUUGGACACUCUUUCCUUACCUGUGCUGGAGCCCUUAACACCAGGGAGAUUACUGGACAUGACUGUGUUGGCUCUCAGCUGUCUCUAUGCUGGAGUGAGUGUGGCCACCUGCAUGGCCAUUUUGCAGGUAGGUAGUGGCUUGCAGCUGCGUUCUGGCGCUACUGGGACUAAAGAGGAAGAUUAUGAAAAUGAUGCUGCCACCAUUGUCCAGAAAUGUCUGGAAAUUUAUGAAAUGAUCGGACAAGCCAUCAGUAACUCCCGAAGAGCUGGUGGUGAACACUAUCAGAACUUUCAGCUGCUGGGAGCCUGGUGCCUGUUAAACAGCCUGUACUUGAUUCUUAAUCUGAGUCCCACUGCUCUGGCCGACAAAGGGAAGGAGAAGGAUCCUUUGGCUGCACUGCGGGUCCGGGACAUUGCUGCCCGCACUAAGGAUGGAGCAGGGUCACCUAAACUUGGUCCUGGGAAAGGACACCAAGGGUUUGGGGUGCUGUCUGUUAUCCUGGCCAACCAUGCCAUCAAACUCUUGACUUCGCUUUUCCAGGACCUGCAAGUAGAGGCUCUGCACCGGGGUUGGGCUAGUGAUGGGCCCCCAGCAGAGCUCAACAUCAUGGCACAGAGCACCUCUAUCCAGAGGGUGCAAAGGCUAAUUGACUCUGUGCCCCUGACCAACCUCCUCUUCAACCUCCUCUCCACCUCAUACAAGAAGGCCUGUGUCCUUCAGCGCCAGAGGAAAGGCUCGGUCAGCAGUGAUGCCAGUGCCUCCACAGAUUCUAACACCUACUAUGAGGAUGAUUUCAGCAGCACAGAGGAGGACAGCAGCCAAGCAGAGAGAAGACAGGAGAAGACAAAUGCAGCUUGUGUCUCAGACGAUGACAGUGAGCCUAUUUUGGGCCUUUGGUUUGAAGAGACAAUCUCUCCCACAAAAGACAAGGUGGCCCCUCCACCCCCUCCACCACCCCCACCCCUGGAGACCUCCCCCAGGCUGAAGAGCCCCAGCAAGCAGAAUCCAAGUGAGAAUGGAAACAUAUUAGCCGGCCGCAAGGACCCAGAGCUGUUCCUAAGUCUGGCCUCCAGCAUCCUGAACUUUAUCACCACCUCCAUGCUUAAGUGUAGAAACAACUUCAUCCGCAACUAUCUGAGUGUGUCUCUCACUGAACAGCACAUGGCCACACUGGCCAGCAUCAUCAAAGACGUGGACAAAGACGUCAAAGGCUCUUCAGAUGAGGUGUUUUCUUUAGCUCUGUAUCACUUCAACCACACCCUGGUGACAUCAGAUCUCCCAUCCCCAGCACUGCAGAGCACCCUUCUUCAGCAACUGGGUGUUGCCCCAUUCUCAGAGGGCCCCUGGCCUCUCUACAUACACCCUCAAUCACUCUCAGUGCUCUCCAGGUUGCUCCUCAUUUGGCAGCACAAAGCCACUGUGCAAGGCGAACCUGAUGUGCCCGAGUGUAUGAAGGUCUGGGAAAGGUUUUUGGGGACACUGAAACAGCACACCAUCCAGGGCUCUGUUCAUGGUGAGGAGGACCUCAAUGUGGAGCACCUCCAGCUCCUUCUGCUCCUAUUCCACAACCUGUCAGAGCGUGGCCGGCGGUCCGUUCUCACCCUGGUCACUCAGGCAAUCACUGAAGUAGCACUGAACCGAGACUCCCAGUUGACGGCGAUGCCCCUCAACCUGGCCCGCCUGCUUUUGGUCUUUGACUACCUACUUCACCACUAUUCCAAGGCUCCCCUCUAUCUCUUUGAACAGGUUCAGUAUAACCUCCUCACCCCACCAUCCUCUGGGCCAAGUUCUGCUCAGGAAGGAGGGAAACGUGGCAGCCUCCCACUCUACUAUGGCUUCAAAGAGGUUGAAGAAAACUGGGCCAAGCACUGCUCAGCAGAUUCCACCACGCAACCCAAAUUCUACUGCAUCUUGUCCCCUGAGGCAUCUGAAGAUGAUAUCAGUAGACUUGACUGCAAGGUUUUUUCAAAGCUCUUCAGUGGAGCAGUCAAGUAUGAUGAACUCUAUUCUUGGCUAAUCUCACUGCUGGCUGCAGGGUCUCAGUUUGACCCAGCGAGGAGACAAGAGAGCAAACCAAUUACACCUAUGGAGGCCUGCUCCCUCCAGUACUACUUUCUGGUGCUGUGGAGAAUCUUGGGUGUUCUGCCACCCUCCAAAGCCUAUGUUGAGCAGCUGAAGACUGGUUGCAGCGACCCCAGUGAGAGUGACAUCCUACACACACUGCGUUGGUCUUCACGUUUCCGUGUCCCGACCUAUGUGAACUGGAUCAAGGAGCACUUGGUGAAGCAGGGGUUGAAAGCAGACCAAGCAGCGUCUCUGGUUGAGAUGACAGCCGCCAAGUGCAGCACUGUGAAAUAUGAUGUGGAGCUAGCAGAAGACUACAUCGCCAAACAAAUUUCAGCUUUUUCCAGUGUGGACCCAAGCAGCAUCUUGCCACUUCACCAGGUGCCCUCUUUACAAGCAAUCUAUACUUUGGAUGCCGUCAUUUCAAAAGUGCAGGUGUCGCUCGACGAACACCUGUCCAAAGUCGCCAUCGAGGCGGAUUCCCAAAAAUCCUCUGAGAUCACCAAGAACCUGCUGCCUGCUACGCUCCAACUCAUCGAUGUUUACACUGCCUUCACAAGGUCUUACCUACUGAUGAGUCUCCCAGAGGAAGGGGAGAACAAGCUGAGCGAUGCCAAGCUACAGGGUUAUGCAGCCGUACUCUCCAUUGGUUCCACUCGCUGCAAAGCCAAUGUGCUCGGACCCAGUGUUAUGCAAAACUUGCCUACAGCUGUGCAGACACUGUGUGAGACUUGGAACAACAUCCACACCAAUGAGUUCCCCAACAUUGGCUCAUGGCGUAAUGCAUUUGCCAAUGACACCAUUCCCUCAGAGAGCUACAUCAGCGCAAUCCAAGCAGCUCACUUGGGCACACUCAGUUGUCAAUCAUUGGCCCUGGCCUCUUCCCUCAAACACAUACUUCUCUCCCUGGUCCGCCUCACUGGAGACCUCAUUGUCACAGAAGAGCUGAAUCCAUCGCAAGUUGUGCGGACCCUGCUGCCCCUGCUCCUGGAGAGCAGCACGGAGAGUGUGGCUGAGAGCAGCAGCACUUCUCUGGAGCGCAUCCUGGGCCCGUCUGAGUCAGACGCCUUCCUGGCCCGUAUCUAUGAGCGGCUGGUCACAGGCUGCUAUAACAUCAUUGCCAACCACUCAGACCCCAACAGCGGUCUGGAUGAGUCUGUGCUCGAGGAAUGCCUGCAGUACCUGGAAAAACAGCUUGAGAGCAGUCAGGUCCGCAAGGCCAUGGAAGAGUUCUUCUCAUUCAGUGGAGAACUUGUUCAAAUCAUUAUGGCAACGGCCAAUGAAAAUCUGUCAGCAAAAUUCUGCAACAGGGUGCUGAAGUUCUUCACCAAGCUUUUCCAGCUCAUGGAGAAGAAUCCAAACCCCAGCCUGCUGUGUCUGUGCGGUUCUCUGGCUCAGUUGGCCUGCGUGGAACCCUCACGUCUGCAGUCCUGGCUGACACGCAUGACUGCCACCCCGCCAAAGGACUCGGAGCAACUUGAAAUAGUGCAGGAGAACCGACAGCUUCUCCACUUGCUCACCACCCACAUUGUGCGUGACAAUAGCCAGGUGGGCGAGGGGGUGUGCACUGUCCUCCUCAGCACUCUCAUCCCCAUGGCAACAGACAUGCUGGCCAGUGGGGAUGGAACUGGCUUCCCCGAGCUCAUGGUUAUCAUGGCCACCCUUGCCAGCGCUGGCCAGGGGGCCGGCCACCUGCAGCUGCACAGGGCGGCCAUCGACUGGCUGUCUAGAUGCAAGAAAUACUUGACUCAGAAGAAUGUUGUGGAAAAAGUGAGUGCAAAUUUGUCCCAGGGAAAGCACGCAACCAUGCUGGAGUGUUUGUGUCACAUUAUCUCCUACCUGGCGGAUGUGAUGAACGCCCUGAGACAGAGCAGUGGUCAGGGUUCCUCUGCUCUUCUGAUGGAGGGAGAGGAGAAGGCGAUGGAAGUCGACUCUGACUGGGUGGAGGAACUUGCUGUGGAGGAGGAUGAUUCCCAAGCAGAAGACUCUGAUGAGGAUUCCCUUUGCAAUAAACUCUGCACUUUCACCAUCACUCAGAAGGAGUUCAUGAACCAGCAUUGGUACCAUUGUCAUACAUGUAAGAUGGUGGAUGGGGUAGGUGUGUGCACAGUGUGUGCCAAGGUCUGUCACAAAGACCAUGAGAUCUCCUAUGCCAAAUACGGCUCUUUCUUCUGUGACUGCGGUGCCAAGGAGGAUGGCAGCUGCCAGGUGAGACCGAAUACCUCAGGUCAUCAUGGGAAGAGAACAACAGCGGCCCUGGUCAAACGAAGUCCCAGCAGCGGCAUGGGCUCCACUCUCAAAGAGUCUUCAGCCUUCCAGAGUGAACUGCGCCUGCCUGAAAGUGCCAUUCGCCAUCAGAAUGCCUCGCCCUCUGACAAGGGCAAGGUCACUAUCUGCGAUGGCAAACCUGUCGACGAUGACAGGCCUAAGAAGAGCAGUGUUUGCAAGAGCAUUGAGGGCUGCCAGGAAGAGAUACUCAAUCAAGUGUUGGGGUCAUCCACUGCAGCAGUCAUCCUUGAGAUGAUCAUCUUUCUCAUGGAUGCCAUUCAGACCAACUUCCAGCAAGCAUCUGCUGUGGGAAGCAGCAGCCGGGCUCAGCAGGCCCUGAAUGAGUUGCAUACCCAGGACAAGACUGUGGAGAUGACCGACCAGUUAAUGGUGCCUACCCUUGGCUCUCAAGAAGGGGCCUUUGAGAAUGUGCGGAUGAACUACAGUGGCGACCAGGGGCAGACCAUUCGCCAGCUCAUCAGUGCUCAUGUGUUACGCCGUGUGGCUAUGUGUGUCCUUUCCUCGCCCCACGGCCGGCGUCAACACCUGGCGGUCAGUCAUGAGAAGGGCAAGAUAACGGUUCUGCAGCUAUCUGCCCUCCUGAAGCAGGCUGACUCGAGCAAGAGGAAGUUGACUCUGACGCGUCUGGCCUCUGCCCCUGUCCCUUUCACUGUCCUCAGCCUCACAGGAAACCCCUGCAAUGAAGACUACCUGGCUGUCUGUGGCCUCAAGGACUGCCAUGUACUAACGUUCAGCAGCACAGGUUCAGUGUCUGACCACCUGGUGCUGCAUCCACAACUGGCAACCGGCAACUUUAUCAUCAAAGCUAUCUGGUUACCAGGCUCUCAGACCGAGCUUGCCAUCAUCACUGCUGACUUUGUUAAGAUCUAUGACUUGUCAGUGGAUGCCCUCAGUCCCAUGUACUAUUUCCUACUCCCGGGCUCCAAGAUCCGUGAUGCUACCUUCCUUUUCAAUGAGGAAGGAAAGAACAUCAUCGUCAUCAUGUCCUCGGCAGGAUACAUAUACACCCAGGUCAUGGACGAGUCUAGCAGUGCCCAACACGGCCCUUUCUAUGUCACAAAUGUCUUGGAUAUAAACCAUGAAGACUUAAAGGAUAGCAAUGGGCAGGUGGCGGGAGGGGGUGUGUCUGUUUACUACUCCCACGUACUGCAGAUGCUCUUCUUUAGCUACAGCCAGGGCAAGUCCUUUGCUGCCACAGUCAGUCGCAGCACCACAGACAUACAGAGGCUCUUCACUAUCAACAUUAAAGGCUCUAAUGGCGGUAGCAGUAAGAUGUCUCCUGCUCUCUGUCAGUGGUCUGAGGUGAUGAAUCACCCGGGCCUGGUUUGCUGCGUGCAGCAGACGACAGGCAUACCUUUGGUUAUUAUGGUCAAGCCAGACACCUUCCUCAUCCAGGAAAUCAAAACUCUGCCUGCCAAGGCUAAGAUACAAGACAUGGUGGCCAUUCGUCACACAGCCAGUAAUGAACAGCAACGCACUACCAUGAUCCUGCUCUGCGAGGACGGUAGCUUACGAAUUUACAUGGCCAACGUAGACAACACUUCCUACUGGCUCCAGCCCUCACUGCAGCCCAGCUGUGGCAUUAGCAUCAUGAAGCCUGUCCGCAAACGCAAGGCUGCCACUACUACUACACGGACCUCCACUCAAGUGACGUUCCCUGUCGACUUCUUUGAACACAACCAGCAGCUGACAGAGGUGGAGUUUGGGGGUAAUGACUUGCUGCAGGUUUACAAUGGACAGCAGAUCAAACACAGGCUCAACUCUACUGGGAUGUAUGUAGCCAACACCAAGCCUGGUGGGUUCACAGUGGAAGCGGUCAACAACAACAGCUCCAUGGUUAUGACAGGCAUGCGAUUGCAGGUGGGCACCCAGGCCAUUGAGAGGGCUCCAUCUUAUCUGGAGAUUUUUGGCCGCACCAUGCAGAUCAAUUUAACACGUGCCCGCUGGUUCGACUUCCCCUUCACCAGAGAGGAGGCCCUGCAGGCUGACAAGAAACUCUCCAUCUUCAUCGGAGCAUCCGUUGACCCGGUUGGAGUCACCAUGUUGGAUUCCAUCAAGAUCUAUGGUAAGACCAAGGAGCAGUUUGGCUGGCCUGAGGAGCCACCCGAGGACUUCUCCUCUACCUCAGUCAACAAUGUCUGCAGCCCCAACCUCAAUCAGGGCAAUAGCACCACCGAUGGAGACAUAGUUACUCCCACAACCACUAGCGGCACCGUAUUGGAGAGGUUGGUGGUCAGCUCCCUUGAAGCUUUGGAGAGCUGCUUUGCAGUGGGUUCGUCUAGUGAGAAGGAAAAGAACAAGGCGGCAGCAUUAGAGCUGGCAACUCUCCUCCUGUCCAUUCCAACCCCUGCUGGGGUGCAGCAGCAGACCAAGGGGCUUCUUGCCAGUCUGCAUACCAGUCGCACUGCCUACCAUAACCACAAGGACCAAUCCCUGUUGAGUAAUGCGGUGCAGUGUCUGAACAGCUGCAGCCAUGAGGGGAGGGAGCUGGACCCAGACGUCUUUCAGAGGCUGGUGAUUACAGCCCGCUCCAUCGCCAUCAUGAGACCCAACAAUCUGGUCCAUUUCACAGAGACCAAGCCACCACCCCAUGAUUCUGAACUUACAGAGGAUGGACAAAAGCAAGGGGAUGGCGAAAGUGGUAAUUUCAUCAUGCAGCUGGUGAAUAACUUUUGGAAGCUCCAUGCCCUCAAACCAAAGAAUGCUUUUCUUGCUCCUGCUUGCCUGCCCGGUUUAACUCAUGUGGAAGCGACUGUGAAUGCCCUAGUGGACAUUAUCCAUGGAUACUGCACAUGUGAACUGGACUACAUCAAUGUAGCCUCCAAAAUCUACAUGCAAAUGCUACUCUGCCCUGAUACGUCCGUGAGCUUUGCAUGUAAGCAGGCUCUGAUUAGAGUGCUUCGUCCAAGAAACAAACGCCGGCAUGUGACACUUCCUUCUCCCCCACGCUCCAACACACCUAUGGGAGACAAAGAUGACGACGACGAUGAUGAUGCUGACGAUAAGAUUCAGUCAACUGUGAUGACCGGAGGAGAGGAGGGCAGACAGGAAAGUCAAGAGCAGAGUGAGGUUGACCACGGAGACUUUGAGAUGGUGUCUGAAUCGAUGGUGCUGGAGACAGCAGAGAAUGUGAACAAUGGUAACCCGUCUCCCCUGGAAGCUCUUCUGGCAGGAGCAGAGGGUUUCCCUCCCAUGCUGGACAUCCCACCUGAUGCGGAUGAUGAGACCAUGGUGGAACUGGCCAUUGCUCUGAGCCUACAGCAGGAUCAACAAGGCAGUAGCAGCAGUGCCCUUGGCCUCCAGAGCUUGGGCUUGUCAGGCCAGGCCCCUAGCUCCUCUUCACUGGAUGCAGGCACCCUUUCAGACACCACAGCCUCAGCCCCGGCAUCGGAUGACGAGGGCAGCACGGCCGCCACAGAUGGCUCCACGCUGCGAACUUCCCCAGCUGAGCACGGAGGUAGUGUGGGCUCUGAGAGCGGAGGCUCUGCCAUCGACUCUGUGGCUGGGGAACACAAUGUGUCGGGUCGCAGCAGUGCCUACGGUGACACGGCGGUGGAAGGCCACCCUGCGGGUCCUGGCAGUGUAAGUUCCAGUACUGGGGCCAUCAGUACCACUGCAGCCCAGCAAGAGUGUGAGGGCUCAGAAGGAGAAGCAGAAAACGAGGGAGAUGUCCACACCAGCAACAGGUUACACAUGGUGCGUCUCAUGCUACUGGAGCGGCUUCUGCAGCACCUGCCUCAGCUCCACAAUGUGGGGGGAGUUCAAGCCAUUCCCUACAUGCAGGUCAUCCUCAUGCUAACCUCUGACUUGGACGGUGAGGAUGACAAGGACAAGGGUGCCCUAGAUGACCUUCUCACACAGCUCAUCGCCGAGCUUGGCAUGCACAAGAAGGACGUGUCCAAAAAGAAUGAGCGUAGCUCCGUCAAUGAAGUGCACCUGGUCAUUAUGAGACUCCUCAGUGUCUUCAUGUCUCGCACUAAGUCUGGCUCUAAAUCUUCUACUGAGUCAUCCUCCCUUAUCUCUAAUGCCACUGCAACAGCCUUGCUCAGCCUGGGAGCCAUCGACUACUGUCUCCAUGUGCUGAAGUCCCUGCUAGAGUUCUGGAAGAGCCAGCAGGGCGAGGAGGAGCCUGUGGCCACCAGCCAGCUCCUCCGUCCACACACUGCCUCAUCUCCCCCUGACAUGAGCCCUUUCUUCCUCCGCCAAUAUGUCAAGGGCCAUGCUGCUGAUGUGUUUGAGGCUUACUCCCAGCUGCUUACUGAGAUGGUGCUACGGCUACCAUACCAGAUCAAGAAGAUAGCAGACAGCAACCCCCGUAUCCCACCUCCAGUCUUUGACCACUCCUGGUUCUACUUCCUGUCUGAGUACUUGAUGAUCCAGCAAACCCCAUUUGUCAGGAGGCAGGUUCGUAAGCUGCUGCUAUUCAUCUGCGGUUCCAAGGACAAAUAUCGGCAGCUGCGGGACCUGCACACACUAGACUCUCAUGUGCGUGGCAUCAAGAAGCUCCUUGAGGAGCAGGGCAUCUUCCUCCGGGCAGGCGUGGUCACGGCAACAUCUGGCUCUGCCUUACAAUACGACACACUCAUCAGCCUGAUGGAACAUCUGAAAGCUUGCGCUGAAAUUGCCACUCAGAGGACCAUCAACUGGCAGAAGUUCUGUAUGAAGGAUGACUCUGUGUUAUACUUCCUACUGCAGGUCAGCUUCCUGGUGGAUGAGGGCGUGUCCCCAGUGCUGUUACAAUUGCUCUCCUGUGCCCUCUGCGGGAGUAAGGUACUGGCUGGGUCCUCUUCUUCUUCAUCUUCAGGGGGAGGUUCCAGCAGUAGUGGACAGGCAGGAGCCACCCAGUCCUCCCAAAGCAAGUCCUCCAGCAAGAAGAGCAAGAAAGAAGACAAGGACAAAGACAAAGAUGGUGAUGGAGUUGGGAGCCAAGAAGAUCAGUUGUGUAUGGCACUGGUCAGCCAGCUGAACAAGUUUGCGGAUAAGGAGACGCUCAUUCAGUUUUUACGCUGCUUCCUGCUCGAGUCCAACUCAUCUGCUGUACGCUGGCAAGCCCACUGCUUGGCACUGCAUAUAUAUAGGAACUCCAGUAAGUUUCAGCAGGAGCUCUUACUGGAGCUGACAUGGGCCAUCUGGCCUGAGCUCCCUGCCUAUGGCCGCAAAGCUGCCCAGUUUGUGGACUUGCUGGGAUACUUCUCCCUCAAGACCCCACAGACAGAGAAGAAGCUAAAGGAAUAUUCUCAGAAGGCUGUGGAAAUCUUGAGGACACAGAAUCAUAUCCUAACCAACCACCCCAACUCAAAUAUAUACAACACUUUGUCAGGAUUGGUGGAAUUUGAUGGCUUCUAUCUCGAGAGUGACCCUUGCCUUGUGUGCAACAACCCAGAAGUUCCCUUCUCAAAUAUCAAGCUUUCAUCUAUCAAAGUGGACACGCGCUACACCACCACUCAGCAGGUGGUCAAGCUUAUUGGCAGCCACACCAUCAGCAAAGUCACAGUGAAAAUCGGUGACCUGAAACGCACCAAAAUGGUCCGCACCAUCAACCUGUACUACAACAACAGGACUGUACAGGCUAUAGUGGAGCUAAAAAACAAGCCCGCUCGUUGGCACAAAGCUAAGAAAGUUCAGCUGACCCCUGGCCAAACGGAGGUGAAGAUCGACCUGCCCCUGCCCAUUGUAGCAUCCAACCUGAUGAUCGAGUUCUCUGAAUUUUACGAGAACUACCAGGCUUCCACCGAGACCCUGCAGUGUCCACGCUGCAGCGCCUCUGUGCCUGCCAACCCGGGUGUGUGUGGCAACUGUGGUGAGAAUGUCUACCAGUGCCACAAGUGCAGGUCCAUAAACUAUGACGAGAAGGACCCCUUCCUGUGCAAUGCCUGCGGCUUCUGCAAAUACGCCCGCUUUGACUUCAUGCUGUACGCUAAACCAUGCUGUGCUGUUGAUCCCAUUGAGAAUGAGGAGGACAGGAAAAAGGCAGUGACCAAUAUCAACACUUUACUGGACAAAGCUGACCGGGUUUACCACCAAUUGAUGGGUCAUCGGCCUCAGCUGGAGAGCCUCCUGUCCAAGGUCAAUGAGGCAGCACCAGAGAAACCACAGGAUGACUCUGGUGCUGGGGCAGGUCUUGGCACUUCCUCGGCCAAUGUCAACCGGUACAUUCAGCAGCUGGCCCAGGAGUACAGCGGGGACUGCAAGACAUCGUUUGAUGAGCUCUCCAAGAUUAUACAAAAAGUGCUUGCAUCCCGCAAAGAGCUGUUGGAGUACGAUCUCCAGCAGAGGGAAGCUGCCACCAAAUCGUCCCGCAGCAGCAACAGCCACCAGCCCACCUUCACUGCCAGCCAGUACCGUGCCCUCUCUGUGCUAGGCUGCGGCCAUACCUCCUCCACCAAGUGCUAUGGCUGUGCCUCAGCAGUCACAGGCCACUGCAUCACCCUCCUCCGUGCGCUGGCCACCAACCCAGCCCUCCGGCAGAUCCUGGUCCUCCAGGGGCUCAUUCGAGAGCUGUUUGAGUACAACUUGAGGCGAGGCACAGCUGCCAUGAGGGAGGAGGUGCGGCAGCUGGUUUGUCUACUCACUAGGGAUCACCCAGAGGCUACUCAGCAAAUGAAUGACCUGAUCAUCGCCAAGGUGUCAGCUGCCCUCAAAGGUCACUGGGCUAACCCUGACCUGGUUAGCAAUCUGCAGUAUGAGAUGCUGUUGCUGACUGACUCCAUUUCCAAAGAAGGAGGAUGCUGGGAGUUGAGGUUGCGUUGUGCUCUUAGUCUGUUCCUCAUGUCAGUGAACAUAAAGACGCCUGUGGUGGUUGAAAACAUCACCCUCAUGUGUCUGAGGAUCCUGCAGAAACUGAUCAAGCCCCCUGCUCCCACAAGCAAGAAGAAUAAGGAUGCUGCUGUUGAGUCUCUUACCACAGUGAAGCCCUACAGCAAUGAAAUCCAUGCCCAGGCCCAUCUCUGGCUCAAGAAGGAUCCCAAAGCUUCUUAUGAAGCCUGGAAAAAAUGCCUUCCUGCUAGAUGCCAGGAGAUGGUGUCCAAACCUCAGAGUAAGGCUGAGUUGCGGAGGCAGUACCUGCUGGAGAAGUACGUGUGGAAGUGGAAGCAGUUCAUGAGGUCCCGAACUGAAGGGCUUUUCCCUCGAUUGCUAAAACUGAGCCAUAACAACUGGCUGCGGCAGGUCCUCUUUACGCCUGCUACACAGGCAGCCAGACAGGCAGCCUGCACCAUUGUUGAAGCCUUGACCACAAUCCCUAGUCGCAAGCAACAAGUCCUGGACCUGCUCACCAGUUAUCUGGAUGAGCUAAGUGUAGCAGGGGAGUGUGCAGUGGAGUACCUGGGUCUUUACCAGAAACUGAUCAAGCCAGCUCACUGGAAGGUGUACCUGACAGCCCGUGGAGUCCUGCCCUAUAUUGGUAACCUGAUCACCAAGGAAAUAGCCAAUCUGCUGGCUCUGGAGGAAGCUACACUGAGCACAGACUUGCAGCAAGGCUACGCCCUAAAAAGUUUGACUGGCCUUCUCUCCUCCUUUGUGGAGGUGGAGUCCAUCAAGCGCCACUUCAAAAGCAGGCUGGUGGGCACUGUGCUCAAUGGCUACUUGUGUCUGAGGAAGCUGGUGGUUCAGCGCACCAAGCUCAUCGAUGAGACUCAGGACAUGCUGCUGGAAAUGCUGGAGGACAUGACCACAGGAACUGAGUCUGAAACCAAGGCCUUCAUGGCAGUGUGUAUUGAGACGGCAAAACGUUAUAACCUGGAUGACUACAGGACACCUGUGUUCAUCUUUGAAAGACUGUGCAGCAUCAUUUACCCUGAGGAGAACGAAGUGACUGAGUUCUUCGUGACCCUGGAAAAAGACCCUCAACAGGAGGACUUCUUACAGGGCCGCAUGCCGGGAAACCCCUACAGCAGCAAUGAGCCUGGCAUCAGCCCUCUUAUGAGGGACAUCAAGAACAAGAUCUGCCAAGACUGUGACCUGGUGGCCCUGCUGGAGGACGACAGUGGUAUGGAGCUUCUGGUCAACAACAAGAUCAUCAGUUUGGAUUUGCCAGUGGCAGAGGUCUACAAGAAGGUCUGGUGCCCUACAAAUGAGGGUGAGCCAAUGAGAAUUAUUUACCGCAUGAGGGGCCUACUGGGAGAUGCCACUGAGGAGUUCAUAGAGUCAUUGGACUCGACCACAGAUGAAGAAGAGGAUGAUGAAGAGGUCUAUAAGAUGGCAGGAGUGAUGGCUCAGUGCGGAGGACUGGAGUGCAUGCUCAACAGGUUGUCAGGAAUAAAAGACUUUAAACAAGGGAGACAUCUGCUCACCGUUUUAUUGAAGCUCUUCAGUUACUGUGUGAAGGUUAAGGUCAACAGACAGCAGUUGGUAAAACCAGAGAUGAACACACUCAACGUCAUGCUGGGAACUCUCAACUUGGCUUUGGUGGCAGAACAGGAGAGUAAGGACAGCGGGGGUGCCUCCAUAGCAGAGCAGGUCCUGAGUAUAAUGGAGAUCAUUCUGGACGAAGCAAAUGCAGAGAUUUCAGAAGACAAGGGUAACCUCCUGCUGACGGGAGAUAAGGAUCAGUUGGUCAUGCUUCUGGACCAAAUCAACACCCCAUUUGUACGCUCCAACCCCAGCGUCCUGCAGGGUCUGCUGCGUAUUAUCCCCUACCUGUCUUUUGGGGAGCUGGAGAAGAUGCGCAUCCUGGUAGAGCGAUUCAAGCCCUGCUGCAGCUUUGACAAGUAUGAUGAGGAACACAGUGCAGAUGAUAAGGUAUUCCUGGAUUGUUUCUGCAAAAUCGCUGCCGGAAUCAAAAACAACAGCAAUGGUCAUCAGCUGAAGGACCUUAUACUUCAGAAGGGGAUUACACAGAAUGCCCUUGACUACAUGAAGAAACAUAUCCCCAAUGCCAAAAAUCUGGAUGCAGAUGUCUGGAAAAAGUUCCUCUCACGACCAGCAUUGCCCUUCAUCCUUAGGCUGCUCCGUGGCCUGGCUACCCAGCAUCCUCCUACCCAGGUGCUGAUAGGAACAGAUUCAAUCACAAACCUACACAAACUGGAGCAGGUAUCCAGUGAUGAGGGAAUUGGCACUUUGGCGGAGAACCUGCUGGAGGCAUUGAGGGAGCAUGCCGAGGUCAACCUAAAAAUUGAUGCGGCCCGCAGGGAGACGAGAGCUGAGAAGAAGCGCAUGGCCAUGGCCAUGAGGCAGAAGGCCCUGGGAACGCUGGGCAUGACAACCAAUGAAAAGGGUCAGGUUGUGACCAAGACCUCGCUGCUAAAGCAGAUGGAAGAGUUGAUAGAGGAGCCAGGCCUGACCUGCUGUAUCUGUAGGGAAGGUUACAAGUUCCAGCCUACCAAAGUCCUUGGUAUUUACACCUUCACUAAGCGUGUGGCCUUGGAGGAAUUUGAAAACAAGCCUCGCAAACAGCAGGGCUACAGCACCGUCUCGCACUUUAACAUAGUUCACUAUGACUGCCAUUUGGCAGCUGUCAGGUUGGCUCGUGGGAGAGAGGAGUGGGAGAGUGCUGCUCUCCAAAACGCCAACACCAAGUGCAAUGGGCUGCUCCCUGUGUGGGGGCCGCAUGUGCCAGAAUCAGCCUUUGCCACCUGCCUAGCAAGGCACAACACAUAUCUACAGGAGUGCACUGGCCAACGUGAGCCAACCUACCAGCUCAACAUCCACGACACCAAGCUGCUGUUCCUGCGCUUUGCCACCGAGCAGUCCUUCAGCGUGGACACGGGAGGGGGUGGUCGAGAGAGCAACAUUCACCUCAUCCCUUACAUUAUCCACACUGUGCUCUACGUUCUCAACACCACAAGAGCCACAUCCCGGGAGGAAAAGAACCUGCAAAGUUUUCAGGAGCAGCCAUGCGAUAAGUGGGUGGAAAGCUCGUAUGAAGUGGACGGGCCACACUAUUUCACCAUGCUAGCCAUGCACAUCCUGCCACCAGAACGCUGGAGGAAUACACGCAUGUACUUCCUGCGACGGCUCCUCAUCACUGCACACGCCCGCAAGGUCUCUGCAGUCUGCACCAACAAACUCACAGAUAAAACACCAAAGGAGUAUGCAGUGUACCGCUCGCCUCUUCUCUUCUGGGGCCUGGUGGAUCUGGUGUACGACAUGUUCAGGAAAGUGCCCACCAGCAACACAGAGGGGGGCUGGUCCUUCUCACUGGCCGAGUAUGUGCGUCAAAACGACAUGCCCAUCUACGAGGCCUCCGAGCGUGUCCUCAGAGCCUUCCAGGACGAGCUUAUGCCCGCUGAAUCCUUCUCAGAAUUCUUGGAUGUUGUAGGUCUGCUUUCUGAAAUACCGGACCCGGACCUCUUCCUGCAGGAUUUGUUGAACUCUGUGCCCUGAUAGCCAACCUCACUGGCCCCAUCAUCUCCGGCAAGCCCCACAUCAGCCCUGCUGAUAGCGCCAGGAAACCCCACCCCAACUGAAACUUCUUUCCUUUGUCCCCCCACGUAAACACACAUACACGCACAGUACACAAGCACACACAAAGUACACACCAUGCUUCCUUCUCACGUUAUAUUUCCUGACCCCUGAUAUGGCAUUUUCAUAUUAACUUAAAGCAGAAACUCUGUAGUCUGAGGAAUUCCUCCACUCAAUGACGACGUCUCUGUAACAUCUAACACAAUAAAAAACACAGUGUUGUUGGGGGGGGGGGAUCACACUCUUAAACAGAAUUGACAUGUUGACCUUUUAAUCCCUACCAGUUUGGUGUAAAGUUGCGAGCACAAUGAGAUUUUCCUCAAGCCAGAGACCACCUGAGUCUCCUUUUGAUGAUGUGAUCAAGAGACAGUGUGGAGCGCUUUUCUCAGGAGCAGAAGGGAAAGCAAAUUCAUAGAUUUGAAGGCAGUUAAACCAGGACGUGGGCACAGAAUACCAGGCUCAUAACCAACACAGCCAUGAUCCCAGAACUCGGAUGGAGUUGCUUCCAUGUUUUGGCAUUUUUAUGGCACCACUGGUUACUACACCAUUGAUGGCAUGGUUUCUACUUUUGGGGUAAAAUUAAGGCUUUUGUUUUUUGUUUUGUUUUUUUUUUACUUUCACAAAUACUGACACUACACAUUGACGCUACUCUGGUGAGGACAGUUGAAGUAACGCGAGUUCUGUUUCUGAGUGGAUGUUUUGGGGGCUCUUAAUCCCCGUGUUUGGGGUGCAAGCUUAAGUAGCUAAAAAAUUGUUUUGAGAUUUGACCUACAACAUCAUGAGAGUGGCAUUUGUUUUUUAUCUUAUCCUCUUUGGUUUGUUUUAAGUUUUUGGGGUUUUGUUUUUUGGUCAGGGCUGUUUAAAAUGGCAGAAGUUUUCAGUGCCACAUGGCAACAAGCUAGCCUGUUCCAUUGUCCUCAGCUUUUUCCAUUGGGUCUUUAUGUUUGGUUCUAACUGGAAUUUGAGUGAUGAGCAAGAAAGAAAAACAUUUGUGUUUUGAUUUAGUGCGCAUGUGUAAGAUUUAUUUUAUCAGUUACAGAAGCAAUCAGGCUGAAGGAUUAAUAAGCAAGAAGUGUUUUAUAUUUUCUUUUGCAAGGCCACCUCUUGGAGACAAAGUAAUGGACCUGUGAAUGAUUCCACCCGUUGCAAUGAAAAAUCAUACCUGUCUAAAUGAACAAUAAAUGGACCUACAUUAUAUCUGCAAAAUGCAUUUUUUUCUUUGAUUUUUGUUUUGUUUCAGUUUUUUUCCUCCAACGCUCUUACCAGAAGUUAUUUUAUCUACUGCCCCCCCCUCCUUUUUUAAGUUAUCAGUCUCCCCCAUAGUCAUUGACAACACUCCUCAGUCAAUCCCAUGAGCAGUUUUCUGGUAAGAAAGGUGCCGCCGAGUUUUUAUCCUUGGUGAUAAAUUAACUCUUGAACAUCUGGAUGCAGUCUGAACGGUGUCCUUGUACUCGAGAGCCGAAUGCAUGGUGUGGAGUUCACCCGAUUUAUUGUUAACUUCGCCUAUUCCCGCUGCUACAAUGUUCAACUGUUGCUGAAUGUCUGCUUUUUGGAUUUAGCCUAUGAUUAAUAAAGCCGUAAUAAUUCCAA